AUGGCCGAAGAGCAGAAUAAAGACCCGCUGCGCGUUCAGAACGAAAUGCUUCAGCGGGAGGUCGAUGACCUCAGGAGCAUGCUGAGCCUGAUGAAGGAAAACAUGGAGCUUCGCACCGAACUUCACAGCUUCUCAUCGGCCAUUGAGAGCGCAGGAACGUCGGGCGCAGCAGUCUCUUUCCACAAUGACAGCGAUCCAGUGAGGAAAGCGAGGCUUCAGUUGCUCGACUCUGUGAACGAAAGCAAAUUCAUGAGCGGCCUCCUUAAAAACACUCAUCGCACAUCCUCUCCCCUCAGCCUGCCGACUGAGAAGGAGUCACCGAACACGACUCCGAAUCCCAACAACCAGCUGCCAGACAGCUCCUUUUCCCACCAGAGAGUGGAAGAUCCUGAGCGACUGGUGGGAGAAAUCGCCUUCCAGCUGGACCGAAGGAUCCUGGCCUACAUCUUCCAGAACCAGUCUAGACUGUACGGCUUCACUGUGGUCAACAUCCCAGACAAGAUAAUACAGGUGAGGUGCAAGUCACUUGAUGGUUAUAUGGACGAGGCAUACAGGUGUGAGCUGACUGACCGUUAUUUGGACUUGAUGGACCGUCUGCGUUCGCUGGGCUACAGCCUGACCCUCCAUCCGCCCUUCACAGAGUUCAUUAUCAACACGUACGGCAUCCUGAAACAGCGGCCGGACACACAGACCGCCCGCCAGCUCGGCUAUGAUAACCCAGACCUCCUGCGGCGUGUGUUAGUGGACACUGUGCCGUCUGGCCUGCUGAAAGACCUGCUGCUGCUCUUCAGCUGCCUGUGCUACAUGGCCCGGCGGGACAGACAAGCCUUACUGCUGUGGUAG